AUGCCUCGAUCUCGGUCGAAUACAGCUGCGUCCAGCAAAGGCAGAAGACGACCCCUUUCGCGGGCCUCCACGACCAGUAUACAUAGCCAGCCGAUACUCGAACAGCAACUCGCCGAUCCUGCCGAAUACCACAAGCAGUGGUAUGAGCAGCAGGCCAAUGCCCACGCGCAUCACCAACGGUAUGGAAGCAUGAGCCACCAGAUGACUGCGGAGGACAUGGUUAUACACUCGGCAUCCCAACUUCAAAAUCCUCGAGGCUACGAUAUAGAUCCGACCCUUGGGGGGGUAAAUCACCAUCUUCCUCUAGCGUAUCCCCAAGACCAGCCAUACAAGCCCGAACAUGGUCGCCAGUCUAUGCCGGCAGACGUCUACGGAGGAAAUUAUGGAGAAGGAGACAACCAAUUGAUGGAAGCGCGAAGCGAUGAGCAAGACGAGGCAGAAUCGAUGGUGAGCGGAAACGCAAAAAAAUCGUCGAAAUCGAGUGCUGCCAAUGAGUUGGAGAUGAGACAAUUGUUCCAGGCAAAUAAGCAUCGCAGCUUGCCAGAGAUUGCCACGGAACUUCACGGAAAUGAGCGAGGGCCACAAUCCGAGAGACAGCGACAAGUAUUUGCUAUGCUCUGGAUCAACCAGGUCUGUGACAAAGGGAAAGGCUCCGUGCCCAGAGGAAGAGUUUAUGCAAACUAUGUGUCGAGGUGUGCAACUGAACGAGUGACUGUUCUCAACCCUGCUUCUUUCGGUAAACUUGUUCGCGUGUUGUUCCCCGGACUCAAAACAAGGAGACUCGGCGUUCGAGGCGAGUCGAAAUAUCACUACGUGAAUUUCAGCCUCAAAGACGAUCAGCCGGAGUUGACUGAAACACAGAGGUCACAGUCAGUCCAGCAAUCGUUCAAUGAGACGCCUAGCUUUGCAACAAGCUUCAAUCAAAGCAUGAACGCCCAGUAUCCUAUUGACAGAGCAGUUUUCCCAUCCCCUGAUGUAAUCCAAGCUCCGGAACUGAAGACAGAACGAUCGGAAGGCUUCACGAGGCCUCAUAGUCUGUACCACCAGCCCGAAAUUCAUGGAAUACCUCAACUUGAAGCUACGUCCAGCAAGAUGUCUCAGCGACUUCGUUUUGCUCCCGCAAGCGAGCCACUGAAUCAAGAAUACGAGCCAAUCACGCUGCCCAAGAUUGAACAGCAUGUUCCCGUCGGUACUGAUCCAGAUUCUGCGAGUGCAUUGACCGCGCUCUAUCGGUCUCACUGCACAUCUCUCGUCGAUGCUCUGCGGUUCUGCAAGGAGAAGACAUUCUUCCAUUUGUUCACGUCGUUCCACGGUACUCUCACCAUGCCUGUCCAGAAACUGUUCGCCAACCCCGGCAUUGCCCCUUGGAUCGAAGAAUGCGACUUUGUCAUGUACCAAAAGAUGAUGCGAGUUGUGGCCCCUCUGACUCUCCAAGUCGCGCCAAAACCAGUCCUGGAUACUUUGCGAAACAUUUCCGAGCGGCUGGUCUCUCAUAUUCAAACCUCUUUCCACGGUCACCCAGGUCAUGUCAUCGACGCCAAGGUUGCACCAGCAACGCUUUUCGCGGGAUUAUUGGACCGUGAACUGAGGGUCAACUUGACUGCACAUGCUGCAGCAAACAUGCUGUCCAACCCGGCCAAUCGAGAUCAAAUGUACGAAGAUUGGAUCACAAUGGUCCGAACACGGAAGGUUGCCGAAUGUGUGCCAACAAGGGGAAUGGACGAUGUCGUUACGCUACUGUUAUCCGAGCUUCGUGAUCUUCUUGAUCCCGUUGGCGUUCCUUGGGAGGUUGAGGGACUUACGCCUUAUGGGGAGAUGGCUCUACGCACCGGUCGUCAACAGCAAGCUAGCAUUCAUGCCGAUUCUUCAACAGAGAACGUCUUGGACCGCUGGGUUAACUUCCUUCAAGCUCUCCCGUCAAAAUUUUCUUACGCUACGCAUGCUGAGAUUGUUUGGUGUGUGCAAAGAGUCGGGACUGCUGUUAUGAGAGACUUGACGAUUGCACAGGGGAAGAGUUUCGGCGCAUGGUGGGUAACGAAGUGCUGGAUUGACGAGAUGAUUGCGUUCAUGGCCGAGCAAGGUGGAUUCAUGGAAUUCAAGACCACUAGGUCCACUCGAAGCCAGCCAAAGCAAACGGUUGCCACUCGGGUGGUCAACCAGCAUGAGAGUAGCAGAUACAGCAGCGGAAGUGACGAGUUUCUGAGGGAUAACGGACAUGUGGACAACAGGGUAGCAGCCCGAUCGAUAGAUGUUACGAGCCAGGCCGCAUUAAACGCUGCUACCAGCCAUGACGACAGUGGCAUUGAAAUUCGAACACCAAACGAAGAGUUCAUCGGGAAGUUCGAGUAUGGACGGACAAUUUCUCAGUUCGGGCCCAAUACUAUGAAUCAUUCAAUGGCUCAUUCCUCAAUGGUCUGA